UGAAUGUCUACCACACAGACACGGCUUGAAGCCUCUUGAAAAUUUUUUAAAAAAAUGGAGCUUUCAACAACGUGCUCUUUCGGUUACGCCGAGUUUUGGCUUCAAGUGAUCGUUUGACGAUCACGAACUGCGGAUUCAAGAAGAAGCAAGGUUCUCGGGACGAACUUCCGACCGCCCCCUUUAAAGGCUGUGUUCGUUGAAGUUGCUCUUCACCAUUCAAUCAUACAAGAUGGCACCAAUGCGUCCACAUCAAAAGACAAGAACUGGCUGCAAAACAUGCAAACAGCGCAAAGUCAAGUGCGACGAAACUCUUCCUAUAUGCAACAACUGCACCAAGCGGGGCGUCGAUUGUGUCUGGAAUGAUCCUGACCCGACGCAGGAAUCAACAAUGCAGGGACAGAUUCCCCUGGCAGAACAAUCUGACUCGAGCGACCCGUUAACUCUGGAAAUAAUGCACCACUACUCCAUCUCUACUUCCUACACUCUCUGCUCGGAUCCCGACGCAUCGGAAGUAUGGAGAACCAUCAUCCCACAAAUGGCAUUUAAACCCCAAAGCCAAUGCCUCCUUAACGCCAUCCUCGCCAUUUCUGCCCUUCAUAUCUACCAUAUGAAUUCGACGUCUCCUCAGUACGCUUCAGCCGCAAGUAAUUAUUACAACCAGGCAAAAAUCGGCAUACACAACGCAGACGACGUUGACUCGACAACUGACGUAAAUGCUGUCCUCGUCGCAAUGUGUAUCAUCUCGCGGUACGAAUUUGCUUCAUCGGCCGCAAUAUUCCCUUAUCCCGGUGAUUGGUAUAUCACCCUCCAGGAAACGCACAUUAACAUUGCGAAGAACCGGACAGAGUACCAGGGCAGGGUUAUGCAUUCGCUCUUGGAGGCUAUGGCACCCCCACAUCUACCCACCUGUUUGAAGGAACCAUUCCCUUUGGCCUUGUCGACCAUCUUGAAUUCACCGCAGGAUGUUGAGGAGUUGCGCGACGCGUCGGUGCGCACUUCCUAUCAGGAGUCAAUAUAUUUACUCCAGGAGGCGUGGAGAGCUCCUUUUAACAGAUGCGUGGGUUUAUGGUGGUAUAUGAUGUCCAAUACGUUUUUUCGUCUGUUGACAGAAGAGAAACCCCGUGCACUCAUUAUAUUGGCGCACUACUGUGUUAUGAUGAAUCACAUCGCUCAGACUGGACCAUGGUGGGUUCAGAAGAAAUGGGGCGAUGAGGCUGCGAGGAUCGUUUCGAUGCUAGAUGCGUGUUGGGAACCGUGUUUACGAUGGGUAUCGGGUCAGUUGAAUCGAGGACGCGAUAGUCAGGCUUCGGAUUUUACGGACAGGGACUUUCUGACCUGGUUGAACGAUCCUUCGUCGGUCGAACCCGGAAACGGUAGCCAUUCCACGUUUGCGCCCCGUUAAUGAAGGAUAGUGUAUUUGUAUAUAAACUAAAACUGCGCCAUUUGGUUG